AUGAGCGGAAAGAUCAUCUUCUUUGAGGACCGAAACUUCCAGGGCCGCUCGUAUGAGUGCAUCAGCGACUGCUCUGAGAUAGCUUCCCAUCUGAGCCGAUGCAACUCCUGCAGGGUGGAGAGCGGGAAGUUUAUGGUCUAUGAUCAACCCAACUACAAGGGCCAGCAGUACCUCCUGACAAGAGGAGAGUAUCCUGAGUAUCAGAACACCAUUGGCUUCAAUGACUGCAUUAAGUCCUGCCGCAUUAUCCCUGUGCACCAGGGGCCCUUUAAGAUGAGGAUCUAUGAGAGGGCAAACUUCGAAGGCCAGAUGCAUGAAUUGACCGACGACUGUGACUCCAUCCAGGACAACUACCACAUGCCUGACAUGCAGUCCUGCAAUGUGAUAGAGGGCUACUGGUUGAUGUUUGAGCUGCCAAACUUUGAGGGCAGGAUGUUUUAUCUGAGGCCAGGAGAGUACAGGAAUCUCCGGGAGUUGAACAGAGACGACGAUAUGAAGUUCAAUUCCACCAGGCGCAUCACAGAAUCUUAA